AUGAUAAAAAUGAAAUAUCCAAACACGAAGAUUUUUACGUCUUAUGUUACCAACAUGACUUGUAAGAAAGCACAAACUGUCAACAACACGUGGUUAACGUACGUUCUGCAACUAAGUAACUGUUCACUAAAUGACACAGCCUUCACAAGUGGAUAUUCUUUUAAUGCUUUAUCUCUUGCACGAAGUAAUUUAAAAGGCCUAAUAAAACUGAAGAAUGAUAUAAAUAAUUCGUUCAAAAUUACUGCUAAACAUGCUGAAGCUGUCAGAAAUUAUAAUCUAAACUCAUUUUAUCAACCAGUUGCACUAACUUUGAUCUCAUAUACUGACGAUGGAAACGUCAAAGAACAUAAUGUGAUGACAUCAAAUUCCCCAACGAAUACAAUAUGGUAUGAAGUCCUACCCUGGUCCGGAUACGAUAAUAAUAAAAGUCUUCCGUUUAUCGCGCAAUGUAACAAAACAUGUCCUUUUGGUUACGGAGUACGCGAUGUUGAUUGGAACAGUGUCUUUAAAUUUACAGGAAAAACACAAAAAAGUUGGAAAUGCGAGAAAUGUUCAAAGAAAUAUCGUACGCCGUGCAAAAGUUUCACAAAUGACGUGCUUACUUUUGCAGACAUGGCGUUUUAUGUCGCGAUUACUUUGUCAGUACUUGGCGUAUGUGCCACAGCGGUUACCAUUGUUAUCUUUCUCCGAUUCAGUAGCACACCGUUCGUAAGAGCUUCAAACAAAAACAUGUCAUUACUUCAACUAAUGGCACACAUGUUUUUCUUUCUAGCUCCUUUAUCAUAUUUUAUCGAACCGUCCGAAUUACUCUGUAUACUGCGACCGAUUGCGAUAGGUAUAUUUCUCACUUUCAUAAUGGCCAUCACUCUUAUGAAAACACAAAAACUUGUAUUUAUCUUUCAAGCGCAAAUACGCGUUUCGAGAAAACAAGUUCAGAUGUCUAAAACAAUGGAGUGUACUUUGGUGUUGCUGAUGUUAUGUGUGCAAGUUUGCAUUGCUGUCCUCAGUUUUUCUGUUAACACUAUACGUCUCAAUGACGAAUACAUAAUCGAGACAAGAAAGCACAUAUAUGAAUGUAACACUGGUGAAGAGUCGCUGAUUCAAAUGAUGUUUGGCUUUCUGCUCGUGCUUAUGUGUAUGAUGCAAGCUUUUAGAGCGAGAAAGUUACCAGAAAACUUUAACGAAACGAAAUACAUAGUACUAGCUAUGUUUUUAUGUACGCUCACUGUCGCAGUACUUUUACCCUUGCGAUUUUACUUGAGCAGUAGUAAAGAGAAAGUAGCAAAUGAUGUGUUCAUGUUGCUAGUGGCAAACUUUAUUUUACUUUUCGUCAUGUAUGGAUAUAAAUGUUGGAUCAUUGUGUUUCAACCUGAGAGAAAUACUUCAUCAGCUUUCAAGCAGAACAUCAGCCAGUAUUGA